AUCCUCUCUCCUCGGCGGCGGCCAAAACCCUUCGUCAUCUGCGGCAGCUACUUCAGGUUUAGGAGAUUUGGUGGAAAGGAUAGAUUCUGAGCAAUGUCUCCGGCUAAAGUUGAUAGUACCAAAAAGGCCGAUCCCAAGGCCCAGGCCGUGAAGGCCGCAAAGGCGGUGAAAUCUGGUCAGAUUGUUAAGAGGUCAGCCAAGAAGAUAAGGACUAAGGUGACCUUCCACAGGCCAAAGACAUUAACCAAGGCGAGAAACCCCAAGUACCCGAGAAUCAGCGCACCCCCGAGGAACAAGUUGGACCACUACCAAAUCCUAAAGUACCCUCUCACUACCGAAUCAGCGAUGAAAAAGAUCGAGGACAACAAUACCCUUGUGUUCAUUGUCGACAUUCGUGCUGACAAGAAGAAGAUCAAGGACGCUGUCAAGAAGAUGUAUGACAUUCAGACCAAGAAAGUUAACACCUUGAUCAGGCCGGAUGGAACGAAGAAGGCUUACGUGAGGCUCACUCCCGACUACGACGCUUUGGACGUGGCCAACAAAAUCGGCAUCAUCUAAGUUAUAUUGUCAUUGCAAUUAUAUGAAACCCUCCCUCUUUAUCAUGAAUCAGUUUUUGUUAGGAAUUUAAUGUUCCAUUAUAUGAACUUAUGGUAUUAUAUGUCUAAAAAAACCAUACAUUCUCCUUUCACUUAAUUUUCGAAAUUUUAUUUAUACUUGUUGCUA